AUGGCCACCGAAGCUAAUUCUAUCCCCCAUCCUACCCUGAUUUCUGUUGACCCUUUCGUCCCUGCGGCGAAGCAGAAGGGCAUACACAACCGUUGGCACCCCGACAUCCCACCCGUUGCUACCGUCAAGCCUGGACAGACUUUCAAGAUUGAAUGCGUUGAUUGGACUGGAGCGCAGAUUGGCAACAACGAUUGUAGCGAUGAUGUGAAGAAUAUCGACCUGACAAAAAUUCACUAUCUCUCUGGACCGAUUGCAGUUGAAGGCGCCGAACCUGGGGAUUGCUUGGUAGUGGACAUUCUCGACAUCAAACCGUUUGACAAAAUGCCCUGGGGUUACACCGGAAUUUUUGAGCUUGAAAAUGGCGGAGGCCUUUUCGCUAAGGAAUUCAAGAGCAGAGCCGCGAAAGCUAUUUGGGACAUCAACGGUAUUUACGCGACUUCUAGACACAUCCCAGGCGUCCGCUUCGCUGGGGUGACUCAUCCAGGUCUGAUCGGUACGGCUCCAUCUGCAGAAUUGCUGGCGACGUGGAACAAGCGCGAGGGCGAGCUUAUCACUGCCUGCGGAGAAUCUGUUCCGCCUGUGGCGUUCCCACCCGAGCCAGUCAAUGCGUAUGUCGGCCAAGAUCUACCACCAGAGGUCAUGGAAAAGAUAGCGAAAGAGGGCGCUCGAACGGUUCCAGGACGAGAGCAUGGUGGAAAUUGCGAUAUCAAGAACUUGUCUCGGGGUUCUCGGUGCUACUUCCCGGUGUUCGUCGAGGGUGCCAAUCUUUCAGUCGGGGAUUUGCAUUUCUCGCAAGGAGAUGCUGGUAUUAUCACCUUCAGCACCAGUAUCAUCAAAGGAGGAGUGGAGAAAUUUGCACUGAAGCAGCCCAUCUUCGUCCCUUCUCCCAUCGACCCAAUGUAUUCCCAAAAGAUAGUUUUCGAAGGUUUAAGCGUUGAUAUACACGGAGACGGGAAGCAAUACAACAUGGAUGCCACGGUGGCCUACAAGCAGGCAGCGCUCAAUGCGAUUGCGUACCUUAUGAAGAUUGGCUACACUCGCGAACAAGCUUAUCUGUUGCUGUCUGCGGCCCCCGUUGAAAGCCAUGUUGGCGCGGUCGUCGACUCUCCAAAUGCCUGCGUCACCCUUGCCAUCCCCACUGGAAUAUUCGAAUAUGACAUUUUGCCGAACCCGAAUGGUUUCCAGAAGAGAGAUCUGGGCCAAUGCGCCAUUCGCAGCGACGGGGUUUUGUGA